AAACCCUAGCAUCAUUGCUAAAAUGGUGUAAAUAUAACUUUAUACCAAAUAUAAUAUAAUUGUCUAUAAAUUAAUAUUAAAAAUGGCUGAUACGGACUGGAGAGAAAUAUUAAGUUAUUCUCAAAAGGAAUUAAUAGAAACCGAUAAAGAUAAAUUAUGUGAAAGUUUGUCUUGGAUGGAAGCUGACGAUAUCGAACUAAACUUUACAGAUUUAAAAACUUUGUUUCGACUUGCUCAAGAUAUUUUAAAAUACAAAAGUGAACAGGUAAACAAUUUACUCGGACAAAUAGAAAUUAAUCAAAGAAAGUAUGAUAAAUCGAAAUCAAAGGGUCAAAUUAUUGAUUCACCUAACAGAAGUGUUGACAAUGUACUAGAAACAAUAACACACCAAGAGGAAGUUAUAAAAACAAACAAAGAGAUUUUAGAGCAACUAUACACAGAUAUUGCUGAGUUAGAAGGUCGCAAAAAAGAAAUUAAAGCCGAGAUGAAUAACUUAGACAAAGAUAGUGAAUCAAGUCGUGAUGUGUUAUCUGAAAUAAAUACAAUGGCCCAAUUGGAAAAUGAAAUAACUAUGAAGAAUAGACACAUUAGAAAAUUAUUAAGUGAUAUAAAGAUACUAGACGAAGAAAAUACGAAGCUUAAAGCAAAGGUGUCUGUAUUAAAGGAUAAAUUAACAGAAGCUACAAAACUUAUUGAAAAUCUAACUGAACAACUACUCACAUUAAACAAUGAAAGUAACCAACUCAAAGAAAUUCUUGGUCAAUCUGAAGAAGCCAAAGCACUUCUUUCCAGCGAAGUAGAGUCUUUUAGAAAAAAACUGUUUGAAAAAGACAACAAUAAAGAUAAAACUUAUGAAGAGAUUAAGUCUAAAGCUCAACAUUGGAGGAAUAUUGCACGAUCGAAAAAAGCCGAAAUAGAAAUGUUAUCUAAUGAAAACAUGAAAUUAAAAGGCCUAAUAAUCCAAGUUGCACAGCCAUCAACUCCACAAAAGGAGUUACCUGAAGAAGACCUUGCCAAAGAGUUUAAAAUUAAAGAACUACAGGAGAAACUUUUGGAAGCAUCAAAUAAGAUAACGCAAUCGGCCAAUGUAAUUGACUUGCUAAGAACUGAGAACAGACAACUUAAAUUGACUAUGGAAGAAGUACCCGAGUCUGUAUCGGAAAUUAAAAACGAGAGUGACGAUGGCAAAGAACGAGUUAUGAUAAAUAAACUAAAAAGGAAAAUAAGAAAUCUGACGGUUUCCUUACAAGAAGCUGAAGAAAUGUUAGCAAUUAGAGAAAAAGAGCUAACAGAAAUAACGUCGCAACUGCAAAUGGUGCAAUCUAAUGAAAGUAUUAAUGUUCUACUGCAAGAAAUGAAGAAUAAAAAACGUCAGUUGAAAUCUAAAGAUGAUGGCAUAAAAUCUCUUGUUCAAGAAAUUAAUAAUAUAAAUCAAAUAGUCGACGAUUUACAACUAGAAAAUGAAGUUUUGAGAACAAAGAUAAAUAUACCCCGGAAUGAAAAAAUUCCAUUACAUGGUAUUAUGAAAAAGUAUCAAAUAAUCGAAGAAAAUUAUACUAAACUAGACAGAGAAUUUAAAACUAUCGAGAAUAAACUGGUUUCUGUCGAAAUGGAUAAUCAUAAUUUGAAGUCAAAAAUAUGUAAACUAAUCAAAGUAUUAAAUAAUUUAGGAUAUGACGAUGAUAAAAUAAACCAUAUUUAUGAUAGCAGCGAUAGUGAAGCUAUUCCGGUUUCGAGAGAAAAAGAUGUGACCCAAAAAACUACAAGUGAUGAUAAUAUAAAUUUUGUGAGUUCUAUAAAAGAUGAAGAAAUGCAAGCAAUUGUUGAAGAAAACGAAGCUUUAAGAAAAGGCUUAGAAGAUAUUUUAAAUUUUUUAAAAGACAAUAGUACAACGACAUCAGGAAUUUUGAAAUUAGAAUGUCCUAGUCUAGAUGCGGUAUUACGAUCUAUGGAAGCUAGACAUACAGCAGGCUGGUAUGCACCACACAUGGCCACGGUUAUGGAACUUAGAGCUGCAUUAGGUGGAAAAGAUGCUUUACUUAUAGCACUACAUGAAGCUAGGAAAGAAACCUACGAUAUUAUGGCUCAGUUAGCAAUAGAAACACAAAAAUCUACAGAUCUUGAACAAAAAAUUCAUGAAAUUGAAUCUACUAAAGAAUCACAAGACAAAAUCGAUAUAAUUAAAGACAAAAAAGUUGAUACUCGAGAUUUCGGAUCUUGGGUAUCUGAAAAUGAACAAAUGAAUAUUGAUUUUCUCGAGGCUCAAAUUGACACAAUAUUAUCAAAAAAUAAUGGCUUAUAUGAUGAUCAAUUAAAAAAAGCAUUAAUUUAUUUUCAUAAUAAAUUCAAAAAUAUUUUUGAUAAAAUGACAUCUAUUGCUAUCCAAACAAGUGAUGAUCUCAAUAAAUGGGCAUUACAAGAAGAGCAAUAUAAGACAGAAAUAGAAAAUUUAAAGGCACAGCUAUCACAAAAAGAUGACGAAGAUAUUAGUGACAUUUCCCCUGGACUAAUAGAUUCCCCAAGUAUUGGUUAUAUACAAAGAAAAUGUUUAUAUUUGGAAGAGUCAUAUAAAUACAUUAGAACUUUGAAUGAAAACAUGAAGAAUGAAAUUUUAGAAAAUAAGAAAGAUUUUAUGAUUGCAACAUCAGAUUUUGAAUAUCAAAUUCAAGGGCUUAUACUCUCUGUUAUUAAUUUAAUUGAUAGGCUUCGAUCUACUAUACCGGUCGAAUUAUUUUGGCAGCAAAAUAUUAUCUUGAAUGAAAUUACUGUAAAAUAUCGAAAAUUAAUGGAAAAUGGCGUAAGAAAAAAUAAUGAAUUUGAAAAUCUGUUCAAAAGUUUAGAAGAUAUUAAACAUGACAUAAUGAACACAUUCAAGGAAAAGUUACCUCAGAUUAACAGUGAAAAUAAUAAAGAACAACAACUAUCUAACAUAGAACAAUCUAUUCUUCAAAAACAAUUACAUGAAAUGUGCAAUGAAAUUAAAAAUAAAAAUAUGAGAAUAGAGGAACUAGAAGAUCAAAACGCAAAGCUACAAGAAACACAGGCAAAACUAAUAGAUGAAAACCUAUCUGCUAUGACAAAAGAAGAAAUAAAUAUUUUAAAAAAUCAAUUACAGAAGGUAGUCGAUGAUAAUAUGCUUCUUAAACAACAGUGCCAAUAUAUUGGAAAACAAUUAGAUGUGACACUAUUACAGAUACAAGACUCACAGUAUAGAUAUAUUAACAAGGAUACAGAAAUUAAUAUGUUAAGACAUCAAAUUCUUGAUUUACAAUCUACGGGAGACAAUAAAGCCAUUAUUGCCAGGCUAAGUGGCGAAGUUUUGGUAGCACAUUUACAAGCUCUAGAAAGUAAUAAAAAAAUAGAAAGAUUAAUUUCUGCAUUAAAUAAAGAAAAGCAAUCAAAAUUGGAAGCUGAAGAAAUGUUAAAAGCACGUCAAAAGAUUUACGAUGUUUAUACUUCCAGAUAUGAAUCUAAAUUCAGGUACAUGUAUGAAGUAUUGCAAACUUUACGACAGCAAUAUCAAGGAAGUUUACCAUUGGCUUCUAUAGAAAACUACCUUAACAAUAUUGAUGAUCUAUCUCAUAAAACAUAUGCUGUUAAUGAAAAACUUUCCGAAAUAGAAGACCUUCAAUCUAAUUUGAUUACCAAAUACACAAUAUUUGAUCAAAUUCUAGAUGUGUCUAAAAGCAAAUGUUUAGAAUUACAGGAUAGUUGUCCUCACAAAUUAAAAAUGAUAGUCUUGGAAAGAACAAAAUCUCAUGAGAUUGAUCACUUAAAUACAAAGAAUAGAAUGUUAGAACAAUCUCGUAGACAUUUAUUUAAGCGCUGCAGUAACCUUGAAAAAAAUCUGUUGCUUUUAAAUCAAGGUUUUGAAAAAUCUAAUUUAUAUGAAUCAAUAGUAAAACAAAAAUUAGGCGAAACUGGCAAUGAUUCUAAUUUAGAAGUAGAAGAUAUUCAUUCAGAUGAUGAAAAUACAAGAAAAAGUCAAACUAUAACUUUACCUCGACCCAAAGUACUAAGACCCUCGGAAGAAACAUCAAACAUCACUUAUAAUAUUUCACAAGAUUCCGUCCCAAGCAAUUUACAGGAAUAUUCUAUUAAAACAGAUAUUGAAAAACGAGAAGUUGUUCAUGUUCUAGUUCAAACUUCUUGUACAGAAAAUGAGAAUAAAACUAAAUCAGUACAAACAGAUGAAGAUAAGGUAUUAGUAAGCCUAAACUAUCAAUUGAAUAGCCUUAAGAAUGAUAAAGAUAAAAAAAAUAAUGAAUUAACUGAAGCACUGUCGUUAAUUCAUCAAAAAACAGAAGACAUUCAAAAAUUAAAUAGCCAAAAAUUUAAUUUAGAAUCUACAAUUCAAACUCUUAAAGAUGCAAAUCUUGAAAAAGAAAAGCAAAUUCAGAAGUUACAUAAUGCACUUGAAGAUUUAAAACAGCAACUUAAUAACGAUAAAAGUAUUAACAUUGCAGAAAUUAAUAAAAUUAAGGAUAUCGCUAAUGAGGAUAAUAAAUCACUUUUAGUUACUAUCAAACAAUUAGAAAAUGAAAAAAGUAAUUUAAUUGAUGAAUAUAAAGAAUUAUUAAGAAAUGAAAGAAAAGAGUAUUCUAAAACCAUGAAAGAUAUGAAUGUAAAAAUAAUGGAAUUACAAACGCAACUAGACAGGAAAGCGAGCGAUUCGAACGGUUCUAAUACGGAGGCGCUUAAAGGAUUUGUAACAAAAUAUACUUCAAAAAUAAACGAUCUAGAGGACAAGUGUUUUAAUCUUCAAAGCGAACUGGAUGGAUGUAAAACAGAAUUACUCACAAAUAACAGUGAAUUGGAUCGUUGGAAACAACUGGCUUCUGAACGGCUUAUAAAAAUGGAACAACUCAACUCUCAACUAGAUAAACGUCAUUGUCAUGAGGUAGAAGCAUACAAAGCAGAAAAUCAACACUGGCUUUCUCAAAUUCAUGAAACUCAACAGGUAUACUUGGAGUUACGUGCACGACUUACAGAACAGAAAACGUUACACGUCAAACAAAUGGUAGAGAAGAAUUCACAAAUCAAGCAGUUGCAAACUAUUAUACAUGAUCUGAAGGCACAAAUAUUGAACAUGCAGACUAUGAUUUCUGUAAACGACCCAACUUUUGAUCUUUCUGCGAUUGUGGAAGUUGAAGAAAGCAGUGACGUUUUAUCCCAACACGGCUCUGACCGUUUGGAGCUCAAAUUUGACUCUACUAUAGAUUUAGGGGAUUUUCAAGACCACAUGAUGAGAAUGCCUGCCACGUCAACCGCUAUUUGGCAAGAGCCACUUAUAGAUAGAUUACGUCGAGAGAAACAGUUAACAAGUAAACAAAACGUAAUACUCCGAAGACAAAUUAAGGCUCUCGCGGCCCGAGAGAAACGUGCUCGGCUCGACGCGCAGAACUUAAAGAGCCAAAUUAUGAGAAUAAGUUCAAGGGGCGGAAAAGCAGUGUCAGUUGAGACAGCAGCCCUCCAGAACAAGAUAGCGUCACUUCAGACAGAGCUGUCCAAUGCCCGUAAAGACACACAUUCAUCCAUCGCACUGUGGGAUAAAUGGAAAAGAGCACAGCAAGCAGCAGAUCGUUGGCAAUCACGAUAUGAGGAAAAGUUUCAAGAAGCUAAAAAAUUGGAAUCAAAUCUUAAUCUAGCAAAAUCUAUGGUAAACAGAUUAGAAAAGGAGAAACGUAUUCUGCUUGCUAGAUUAUCAGAAGUCAAGAAUGAAAGCUUGCUGGCAAUAGAGAAGCAAGAAUCGGAAGUAUUGGAAAAGUCAAUGAAGUCAAGCCACGAGUGUACCUGUACUGGUGAACCAGGAGCGAUUGGAAUAGAUGGGGCGACCCCAAAUGCAGCUGCAUUAUUGGCACGCGUGGAAGCGCAACAGCGCAGAAUCGUCGCGCUUGAGGUUGCUGAAAAGGGAAAUGAGUUUCUUGUAGCAGAAUACGAAAAGGCCUUAGCAGAGAUAACAUCCCUUAAGGGCCAAGUCCUUAAAUUGGAAUCCACAUUGCUAGAAUCACAGAUCCGUACCCCGCUGAAAACGGUGAACGACCAUCAACCAGAACUAGAUUAUUGGAAGAGUUACUGUGAAAUGCUGAAAGAGGAAAAUGUACAGCUGACAUUGCGAGCAAAUGCGCUCGAAUCGACGCCGACCUCCGCGCACCAAAGUCGAGUCAACGAUCUUGAACAGACCGUAUUAACACUUAGAGGUUUAGUAAGCAAACUGCAAGCUGAACAAAAGUCAUCCACCGUCUCGAAACGUGCGGACUCGAGACCAAGUAGUGUACGCAGUACUACGGAUAAAGGUCGAACGCAGUUAGAAUCACUUCGUAUAGAAAUUGCAAAUUUGAAGCGCAGUAUAUUGGACAAAGAUUUGCUGUUGGAGAAAUCUAAAGAAAUGCUUAAAAUAGCGGCUGAAAGAGAAGAUGAACUGCUAAGAGAGAAUGCAAUGUUAAGAUGUCGUAUAGAUGAACUCACAAGACCUAAAGGAGGAUUUUUAUCUGCAUAAAUAUUACUUAAUAUAUAGAUUUAAAAGCGACGGCGUGACAAAUAUGUAUGUCUGUAUGUAGAUUUAAAAAAUAAAACACUUGCACGUUUUUUAAAUUUUAAUAAAAAAUAAACAUUAAGGUCACAUUUUUUGUUACAAUAUAAGGGCAUUAAAAUACACUCUGAUAAAUA